AAAUGGAUGAUCCAGUUGAGCAAACUGAAUCGCAAUUUACUAAUAUAAAAUCAAAUAAAAAGGUGGGAGGAGGAGACAGAGGGUAAGAGAGUGGGAGGUGGGGGAGUGCGCUACCAAGAGAGAGAGAGAGAGAGAGAAGUGGGGGGUGGGAUUUUUCCUCUCUUUUGAACGAACCCAAGCAGACUCUGAAGCGUCAGUGUGUGUUACGUUUGAAAAGGCGCAUCAGGAUUUUAUAUUAUAUAGAAGCGCUGUAUAGGAUUUCAGAUCUGUGAGACUGCUACAGCGCAGCAAUGGAACUACAGCACACCCUGGUUUUGCACAAAUAAAUACGUGGAAUAAUAAUAAUAAUAAUAAUAAUAAUAAUAAUAAUAAUAAUAAUAAUAAUAAUAAUAAUAAUAAUAAUAAUUUCUAAAAUACAUUUAAUACACAGAAUAAUCAUGUGGGAGCUCCGAUGUGAAGAUCUAUAACGUGGAAAACUCAAAAGGAAAUAUCACUUGGAAUAAUACUAGAAUAAUAUAUAGGUAUAAACAUAUUAGUCUAUAAAUAAUAUAUUUUGUACGCCGGCGGAUGCAAGAAUGGACAGGAGUCAGACGCGAUAUUGCCCUGGAUGUUGGAAAUUUACACUGCUGUCCAUCGUCUUUAUUCUGCACUUGAUUCCUUUGUGUGUGCAUGGAGGCUUAUUGGAAGGCAACACAACCCUGUUGGAUAACAAAAACAAUGAUUCAUCACUCUGCUUGGGAUGCAGAAGCGGUUCCAGCUCCGGAGCCAAGGCUGAAGAGUCUUUGUCGGGGGAGCACAAAGAAGGGGGCCCAGAGGUCUCCACUGGCUCAAGUUGGCCGACUGCCGGAGAGCCCUUUGUCUGGGGCUUAAGGGGCACAAAGGAGCUGGGGGGGACCUCCACCCCACUUCCCAGAGAAAGCCAGGAAGAGCUGGGUAGUGGCGACCAGCUCUUCAAACCCUUGGCCAACACUGCUUUUGGGGCCGCUGCGGAUGUCGGUGUUCUGGGGGAGAGCUCCACCACUGCCCCCUUGAGACAGGAUGCUACCACCACAGUUGGGAUGAGCAGCACUGAGAUCAGCCAAGACUCGGCAGAAAAGGAACACCUGAUUGAAGUAUUAGGGGCCUCCAUCGGGGCCGAGCCCAGCAACAACAGAGACAUCCAGAGCCUGCCGACCCCUGAUACUACUGAGAUUCGUCUGGAUUUCAAAGGGGAUGAGCAGGUGAUGCUCUGGGGUGGCCACACGGACUCCCCUGCACAAGGAGCUGAGGGGAGCCUGGAUUUCACUUUAUUGGAUCUGGAUAUGCAGCUUAGAGCCCAGCCAGCCACCACUCCUACCACAGACACCCUGGCAACCACAGAUAUUCUCAGCGUGGACUACUACGACCCUUUCGCAGAUUUGGACCUGGGAGACACUCCAUUGCCCAAGACAUCCUCUGUGUCGUCGGCCCGUGAGGUGCUUGGUGAGCCCACUUCCUGGACCCUCCCUGAAGUCUAUGACUAUUUCACUCCCUAUGAUGAUUCCUACCCCUCCACCACAGAGGUGUACCCUGAUGAGGACGAGUACACCACAUCCGACCUGGAGGACGAGAAUGACUACCGGCUCACCACUGCGCCUCCCGACCCGUGGAUCCUGCUCCAGGACAGAGGCACGCUGCCCCCCCAUCCCGGCCUGGACCCCCGUUCCGAGUCCAUCGUCACAGAGGAUGUGCAGCCCAGUGGCUCUGACGAAGACGAGGCAGGCCAGGCUGUCACACAGCUGCCUUCUGGUCAGGGUUCCGCCCUUAACAACAACAACAGCUCAGAGUGCAGGAUGGGAUACGUCAAGCACAACUUCACAUGCAAGUCCGUCUGCGACAUCUUCCCCAGCUACUGCUUCAACGGAGGCCAGUGUUACCUGGUAGAGAAUACAGGAGUCUUCUGCAGAUGUAACACGCAGGACUAUAUCUGGCACAAGGGGGCUCGCUGCGAGUCUGUGAUCACUGAGUUCCAGGUGAUGUGCAUCGCGAUUGGAGCUGCUGCUGUCAUGGUGCUGCUGCUCUUCAUGAUCACUGUCUUCUUCGCCAAGAAGCUGCACCUGCUCAAGACAGAGAACUGCAAACUACGCAAGCGCUCUAAGUACCGUCCUCCUUCGGAGCAGCACAAUGAUAAUUUCUCGCUGUCGACCAUCGCUGAGGGCUCGCACCCAAAUGGGCCAUCUCAACAGGGAGGACAGGCCAGCUAAGACACACACACUAAACCCGGCACCAUGCCACUAGGCCAGCUCAGGGAUCUGUAGCAGCCAGGCCCGUUAUUCAGUAUUGCCUCUUAGCCUAACAUACAUAGAGUAAUCACUGCAGAUAUCAGAGGCUGUCUGUAAAAGGUCAUUUCUGUGCGCUGGAAAGCAAUGCAGAAUAAAAAUGUACAAAACAGGGACAGGAUUGAAUAAAUGCCUGGACUGGCGUGACUAAUCAGUGCCAGAUUUGACACGCCUGUAAAUAUUAUUUUAGUAAAGUGCAUUAACAUCCUGCAGCCCCAGAGUCAGGUAGGAGUGCAGCUUGACUCUUGAGUGUAGCAGUUGACUAAAGAUGCUCUAACUUCCAUCAGGCUUUAUGAAGCUGUCCAGUCAAAUAGCUCCCGGGGAUCUAUACAGAUCAUGAGUCCUGGGCUAUGCAGUCCACUCUUAUUGGCUAGCAAUGAGAUAAUGAUAUUUAAAGUCAGCUGCUUGACCCAGUUUUCUGCAAUUCCAUUCUGCUGUCAGUGUACAUAAACUUGACAUGAAGCGCUUUUAUUGUGCCCGAAAAUAAAGGAAAUAAGCAUCAGAAAAAAAGAGGAAAACAAGAGUGGAAAUGUCGAACACAUAAAGCUGAUAUUUCAUCAUCAAUCGUGUGAAAACCUGGCCUGUCUCCUAUUUUAAAAUCAGCUCCCCAUCGCCAUUCUUCCCCUUGUUACCCCAUUGAAUGUUCUGUUGGUCCCAUGAACGCCCAUGGGAGACGUUGCAGCUUGUCUGUCUGUCACUCAGCCUUGUCUGUCAAUCAGUUUCGAAUGUUUACCCUGGAUCAUGGAAUUGGGUUUUAAUUUAUUUUUUAAAUAUUUACUUUAUGUAACCUUUUAUUAGCCCGGUCUGGGUGCAACAUCUCCCCGAGGUGGUGUUCUGAGUGCUGACAGGUUAACAACAUUGCUGCCAUCUAGAAAAGACAUGUACAGCAAUUCAUCAUCUCCUAUAUAUAGACUAAUUCAUUUAACAGCUCCCUCUAGUGCAGUCCCUAUAAGUGAUUUUGAGCCGCAUUGACCCCUAUUCAUAAAACAUUUGCUCGUGUUUUAUGAAAAGGUUGUCAUUGUGUUUUUUUCAAGCCCAUUUUUAUGAAUUCAACACAGUCUGGUACAGCAUUCAUGAGACCUGUCUCAGCUGCUUCUAAAGAUGUUUUGGCAUUUAUUGUGUUUCACAGCAGUCUCUAACCUUUACAAAUGAAACAACUGUACCCUAAAUUACUUAAUUGGACCAAUUAAGUGCUUAUUAGAAGCUUAAUUGGUCAGUUGGAACAAACACCAGGAGGGACACCGGCCCUCCAGGACCGGAAUUGCCUACCCCUGCUGUAGACUAAGGAGGUGGACUGGGAAUACUGGCAUGAAUGCAGCCAAUUUGUCUCUGAUUAGCUUUGACUGUGUUACAUUCCCAGGCAGGGGUGUGUGGACAGUUACAAAUAAGACUUUCCCUUUAAGAACCUAGGAAGCCACACGAUAGUACUGUUUGCUGCACAAACACCCAAUCAAUUAGUGGUGUGAUUGUGUAGAAAUCCCAUAGCCAAAUGAAACAACGUAUAGCUGAUAAACCAAUUGAGUGAAUCUGAUCUGGAAUGCAGGGCCAAGCCAUGUUGCUGCUGUUGAUUUGUUGGGAUUCGUCAAGAGAUGCAUGGAUGAGGUUCAGGGAACAGUUAGAUGGGCUGAAUGGCCUUCUCACAUUUAUUAUGUUCCUAAUUCACUCUACUUGUCUCUAUGUUGUGUUAAGAGUGACCUUACUUAUUUGCGUUUUAAAGAUAAAGUGGUUUUAGCUAUCAUAAUAAUUUUAUAAAUCUUACCUGCUUUACACUUCCAUUAGCUGCAUUAGCUGGUUAGUAAAUUAAAGGAAAAAGUAGUUGAAGGGGUGGGGGCAAUGUCACCCUCCAGGUAAAAUGAAGUGCAGCACUAUCUGAAAGCAUGACUUGCAAACUGAUUUCUUACAUUUAGUACCAGAUAAUAUUUUUUAAAAAUGUAAAUGCAUGUUUACUAUAGCAUGUUUAACAAUAAUUCUUUCAAAAUUGCACAUUUGAGACCUACAUAUGCAGAAAAUGGAAGUGUACAGCAGGUAAA